CAGCUCUCAGCCUGCUUCAAUCACUUCCAGCCAUGAGCUAAGGUACUGAGCGAGUCGUAAACUAUCAGCCUUGAGCCUCAUAGGCCCCCAUCGUGAUCACCUGGCCACACAGUAUCGGUUCAAUUCACCAUGGCAUCCGCUUCUCGGGAUGGCGCCCGCUUCCAGCCGCUACCCUCGGGACCUUCAGGGCCGGGCUCCACCUCCUCAAGGUCUUCCUUCGACUCAACGUCCGAUCCCAACGAUGCCGACGACGAAGCUUUCGCCCUUCUAUCCGAUGCCGAUGCCGCAUCUCUCCUUUCGGAUGACAUUGAACUUGAAGAGUUGUCUACUGCCGGACCGUCCGUCGGCUCGGGCUCUCGUCCGGCCAAGACUCGCUCGGAGAUGGAUCAACGGUUCCAAGAUGCCAUCAACGCCGAGCGUACCAUGACACCACGAGAUGCCAUCCGCGCCUAUCCGAUGGCCGUGUUCUGGAGUCUCGUUGUAUCUCUAUGUGUGAUCAUGGAAGGCUACGACACCAUCCUCAUCGGCAGCUUCUUCGCUCACCCAGAAUUCGCUAAGAAAUUCGGCGACGGCAAAGACAAUGAAGGCCGAGAUCAGCUCUCAGCUCUCUGGCAAGCUGUGCUCGGUAACAGCAGUACCUUCGGCUGCAUCAUCGGAGUCAUCGCGAACGGCUUCCUCGUCGAGCGGUGCGGCCAAAAAACCGCCCUCAUUAGCUCCCUGUUCGUGCUCUCCGGCUGCAUCUUCAUCACCUUCUUCGCGACCAACAAGACCAUGCUCAUGCUCGGCCAGAUCGCGUGCGGCUUGCCCUGGGGCGUCUUCGCAUCGUCGGCACCCGCGUACGCGUCUGAGGUCUUGCCGAUGACGCUGCGGGUGUACCUGACGACGUGGACCAACAUGUGCUUCAUCAUCGGCCAGCUCAUGUCCGCGGCUGUACUUGCGGGACUACUGCCACGCAAAGAUGAGUGGUCAUACCGGAUCCCGUUCGCGUUGCAGUGGUCCUGGCCGGUGCUGCUCAUUCCCCUGCUGGUAUUUGCGCCGGAAUCCCCCUGGCAUCUUGUCCGGACCGGACAGCUGGACAAGGCAGAGAAGGCUUUACUUCGUCUACAGAGACGGAAAGUCAACAACCUAGACGCCAAAGUCCGUCUACGUGAGAUUAUAGAAACCGAUAGAAUGGAGCAGGAGCACCAGACAGGAACGACCUACUGGGACUGCUUCCGCGGCGUCGAACGUCGCCGCACGGAAAUCGCCUGCGUAGCAUUCGCAGGCCAAGUGCUCUCCGGUUCGAGCUUUGCCUAUAACUCAGUCUACUUCUUUCAGCAAGCCGGGCUGAAUCCGCAGGAUGACUACAACCUCAACGUCGGUGGCACCGCGGUGGCCCUAGUCGGGACCGUCGUUAACUGGGUCGCGCUGAUGCCGUACUUUGGCCGUCGUCGCAUCUAUCUCUGGGGCAUGUUCAGCAUGUCCACGAUACUCUUCAUCAUCGGCAUCCUCGACAGGAUAGGGCGGUUGCCGAAUGCACCCUCGUCAUCCAUAGGCUGGGUCCAGGCCUGUCUUACUCUUGUCUGGACCUUUAUCUUCCAGCUGUCUGUCGGUCAGCUAGGGUGGGCUAUCCCCGCCGAGGUUGGUUCAACGCGUCUCCGACAGAAGACUAUUUGCGUGGCGAGAUCUACCUACUACAUUAUGAACUUACUGGCCAAUGCCUUCCAGCCAUUCUUCAUCAACCCAAACGCGCUGAAUCUCAAGGGUACUACAGGCUUCGUUUGGGGAACUUCAGCGUUCCUCACGUUCAUAUGGGCAUUUUUCCGGUUGCCGGAGACAAAGGGGCGCACGUACGAGGAGCUGGAUUAUCUCUUCCAUAACAACACCGCGACAAGGCAAUUUGAUAAGACAGAGGUGGAUGUUUUCGAAGGGGGUUAUGAGAAGGUGUCACCGCCAAUGUCUCGAUGAAAUUCUUCAAGCUCUCUCGUCGGAUUCAGCUAUCUGGCAAGAUAGGUACUUACUUACAUAGAGGGAAG